AUGGGAUCCGAUACUCAGCUAAUGAAUAAUGUGAUUGCUGCCUUACACAAGGAAUUCUCAGUCAAAGAUCUUGGAAAGUUAUCUUUUUUUCUGGGUAUUGAGGCAUUAUUCUCUACCGAUGGCCUGUACUUAACUCAACGUAAAUAUACAGUUGAGCUCCUGAAACGGUCUAAAAUGGAUAAAUGCAAAUCGUGUAUCACCGCUAUCUCCACUACCUCAAAUCUCUCAGUCAAUGAUGAGGGUGAUUUUGAGGAUCCGUUUCUAUACAGGAGCAUCGUUGGAGGAUUACAAUAUUUAUCCUUCACGCGACCUGAUAUUGCGUACUCAGUUCAUCAGGCCUUCUCCGAUGUCGACUGGGCAGGUGAUCGUGAUGAUCGACGAUCUAUCAGCACUUAUUGCAUCUUUCUUGGACAGAAUUUAAUUUCUUGGCGAUGCAAACAGUAG